ACUUGUAUGCAUGUCCCCCACAAAUGACAAUUUCGAAAAAAAUGCACAAUAUGCAAACGGCCGGCCUUUUCAAGAUAUUAUGGGACCGUUUCCUGUGAAGCAUGUAAAAUGUUCUUCCGUCGAGCAAUAGUCGAAAACCCGUUUUUUAAUUGUAAAAAACUGAACAACUGCUAUGAAGUUUCAACUAACAGCAACCACCUAAAAUGCGCGGCGUGCCGAUUUAAAAGGUGUCUGCAGUUGGGAAUGAAACUUCCCCCAUCGAACAAUGCAAUUUUAGAACUUGAAAAUCAAAAAGCCCAUAAACUCAAAAAACUAUUAAAUGGCUUAAUAUUACGAGACGCGAAGAGAUGUGAAAGGCAUUUGACAUUCUAUACGAGAAGCGAUCCAAGUCUUGAAGACAUUUUAAUCAAUAAAAAAACAAUGAAUAAUGAUAAAAAUGAAAAUGCAGUAACAUCUUUUGAAUGGUCGUUUCUGGCGGUUUUUAACGUAAUUGAAUACUUUUCUACGUUUGACUUUAUUGAAAAUUUGGAAUACAGCGAUAAGAAGCUUCUAUUCCAAUGUAACACUUUCAAUGCAAAUGUACUGUGCGGUGCCAUGCGGGGUUUCAAAGAAAAACGGAGUAAAAUGGUAACCCCAACUGGACAAGCAAUACUUCCCGAUGGUAUUGCCCCUCUUCUGAAUACGACUUCUCAAAUGUUGCAUCGAGUAAGCUGUCAAGUUAUUGCAAUAAUAAUUGAGCUAAAGAUGACCAAUGAGGAGUUCAUUUUGCUGAAUCUAAUAUUCUUUUUGAGGAUAGACAACAACCUAUCCGAAUCCGCAAAGAUCUCCUUGGCUUCUCAUCAAAACUUCUUCACCAACGCACUUUUUGAGUAUUGCCAAUUGAAAUAUGAACGUCGUGCUCCAUCUCGAUUUGCAGAUCUCUUAUCUUUAUGUCAAAUUAUUCAAAAAACUUCUUCCGAAAUGAAAUACAUUGGAAUUAUGUUACAAACUUUUGUCCCCGGGUUUCGCGCUAAAACUCUUGUUUCCGAUGCGUAUAUGAUAUAAAACAU